GAUGGAGAAUCUUCUAUCCGCUCGGUGGCUUUAAUAAGCUCCUUCGCACUAGAGAAGCUCAUCAGCUCAGUCACUUUCCCUAGUUUUUCGUCUACAUCGGCUCUCAUUCGCUUCUCAAAUGGCUAAUUCCAAAACCCACAAGAGUGUUCUGCUAAUUUGCGGUGAUUACAUGGAGGAGUAUGAGGCGAUGGUUCCUUUCCAAGCACUGCAGGCUUAUGGAAUCGAUGUUGAUGCUGCCUGCCCUGGGAAGAAAGCCGGCGAGUUUUGCCGUACUGCCGUUCACGAGCCUGCUGGUUAUCAGACAUAUACCGAGUCACCUGGGCACAACUUUUCUCUCAAUGCAACGUUUGAUGAAAUUGAUUUUGGCAAAUAUGAUGGGUUGGUGAUACCGGGAGGAAGGGCUCCAGAAUAUCUUGCCAUGAAUGAAUCUGUGUUAGAUUGUGUCAGGAAAUUUGCAGAUGCUGGAAAGCCAAUUGCCUCUAUUUGCCAUGGACAAAUAAUCUUGGCAGCUGCAGGCUGUGUAAAAGGUCGGAAGUGUACUGCUUACUCUCCUGUGAAACCCUUACUUAUCGCUGCUGGUGCUCAUUGGAUUGAAGACCAAACCAUGGCAACUUGUGUUGCUGAUGGCAAUAUAAUUACUGGGGCUACAUAUGUUGGGCAUCCUGAGUUUAUUCGGCUUCUUGUGAAGGCUUUAGGAGGUACCAUAACUGGUUCAAAUAAAAGGAUUCUAUUUCUCUGUGGGGAUUACAUGGAAGAUUACGAGGUAACUGUUCCUUUUCAGUCUCUUCAAGCUCUUGGGUGUGAUGUUGAUGCAGUUUGUCCCAAGAAAAAGGCUGGUGAUUUCUGUCCAACUGCUGUCCAUGAUUUUGUAGGGGACCAGACUUACAGUGAGAAGCCAGGGCAUCGUUUCACUUUAACAGCAUCCUAUGACGAGUUAGAUGCCUCAAGUUAUGAUGCUCUUGUCAUUCCUGGAGGCCGAGCACCAGAAUAUUUGGCACUGGAUGAGACGGUGCUUGCCUUGGUGAAAAAAUUCAUGGAAUCUAGGAAACCAGUGGCAUCCAUUUGCCAUGGACAGCAAAUUUUAGCUGCUGCUGAUGUUCUGAAGGGAAAAAAAUGCACUGCAUAUCCUGCUGUGAAGAUUAACGUAGUCUUGGCUGGGGCAACAUGGCUUGAGCCUGAUCCAAUAGAUCGUUGCUACACUGACGAAAAUUUAGUUACUGGAGCUGCAUGGCCAGGGCACCCAGAGUUCAUCUCUCAAUUGAUGGCAUUGCUCGGCAUCCGGGUCUCAUUCUAGUUGCUAUUACGCAUGUAGCCUUUAUGUAUAUAUGCUUGCAUCAAAUAAAACGUUGAUAUCUGGUAUAUCAACCUCUGACGGAUGUAAACCAUGGAUCUCGAGUGCAAAACCCCAUGUCGCUUUCUUUGUUGUAGAAUAAGUAUCUUGGUUUCUAGGGAAAGUUUUGAACUUUGUUAUUUUGGAAGGUUAGCUGCGCGUCACUGUCAGUGGAUGGAUGAACCUUAAAGCAGAGUUAUUGUUAUAUAGUAUGGUAUGAGGUUUUCCUA